AUGCGCUUCUCAUGUCACUAUCUUGUUCUCUGUCUGGCCUUUAUUCUAUGUCUGCAAUUAGCAGGAGCAGCUCCCCAUGCUGCAGUCCGCAGACAGGAUGACAGCCCUUCCGCGGACUCGACACCUCAAGGCCAGGACAGUGCUUCGCGAAAUCCCUCUGCCACACCCAGACCGUCGGAAGUUAUCUCAUCACAGAUCGAGUCAGAACGUCCUUCAUCAACACCAGUAUCUUCGGUCAAGCCAUCAGAGACGCCAGUAUCAAGCACCACCAACGAUGUUCCCACCUCGAUUCCAACUGAUGGAUCCUCGCCAGUGAGCCCCGAGGAAAGCAAGCCUGCAGACUCAAAAGACCCACUGCCUAUCCACCCAAAGCUCACCCCUGCUAUGGGUAUCACUGGAGUGCUAUUGCUACUCUCUGGGAUAGGGUAUGCCAUUGUUGGUAUUAAAAACAAAUGGGUGUACGUGUUCGGCUCUGCGGCCUACCUGACCGCCCUCGCAGUCACUGUGUUGAUUGUGUAUCUUAUGAACCCACCUGUUUCCGACGCCAUCCAGGGAGCCUUCUUCGUGGCUGCCUUCUUUACCGGGGUGAUCUUCGGUAUACUAUCACUGGUCUUCUCAGACAUCACCGAAGGCUUUGGUUGCUUGCUCGGUGGCUUCUGCCUAAGCAUGUGGUUCCUCAGCGUCAAAGACGGCGGCCUAAUCACUUCGGGAACUGGUCGGGCAAUCUUCAUUGGUUGCAUGUCAGCUGGAGGUUACUCGUUGGCUUUCAGCCACUACACGCGCACUUACGGUCUGAUCGCAUCAAUCGCCUUCUCGGGUGCCACCGCUACCAUUCUUGGUAUCGACUGCCUGGCUGGCUCUGGGUGGAAGGAGUUCUGGCUUUACCUCUGGAACUUGAACGAUAACAUCUUCCCUCUGGACACUAACACUUAUCCGGUCACUAAGAACAUCAAAGCCGAGCUGGCUGGUGUUGUUAUCAUCACAGCAGUCGGAAUUGUCUCCCAGCUGCGCGUUUGGAAGCUGGUCAAACAGCAUCGCGAAAAGGCCGCCGCUCAACAGCUUGAGAGACAGCAAGAUCAGGACCGCGAAGAGGAGGAACAAGGACGCAAAGUGGAGGACAACUUCCAGAAAGAACGUGCUCAAUGGGAGGCCGCAUAUGGUGGAAAGGAUGUACCCGAGACCAGCGUCCGAUCCUCCAUCUCAAGUCCCAAAGGCUCCACUCAUAUUGAAGAGAAGGAAGUCUAUGGAAAUGACAGCGUGGAAAAACUCAACGUACCGAACACCGGAUUGACACGAUCAGUCACCAACAGCCCGAACCCUGGUGCUAGCGUUACUAUCCGUGUUUUGAAUGAGGACGCAAUUGAACAGCUUGACCCGGAAACACCAAUGUCCGAAAACCAACUUGGGAUCCAGAUGGGUGAGGGCGAGAAGGCUUUGCCUGCGGCUCCAGAGGAUGGCUCGAUGCCUACUCCGGCCAAGAGUAACAGCCUACGCCCUUCAGCUCCACCGCCUCCUCCAUCAGUCGUUCCACUCCCAUUCAAAGUUCCUAGCGAAGAAGAUGCGCGUAGCGACGACGACGAUAAUGCCUCCGUAUCUGCUGUUCCUGAGUCCGAUCCCGAAGCCGAAGAGUCGCGACGUCUGUCAAAGCGCGUUUCCGAUGUCUCUGCCAUGAGACAGCGCAUUUCCAGGGACAUGGUUGCUUCACAAGAGGCUAUAAUGGGAAUGCGACCUGACGAAGAUGACCGCGCCUCGUCUCUUGCCGCCACUUUGGACCAUGAUCUCGAUGCGCUGUCUUCUCAUGAUCUUUCCCCAUUGCCAUCGCCAGUCGGAGCCGAGAACGACAACCCACUAGAAAAGCCUGGACUUAAGAGGCAAGAUUCCGACACAGUACCUUCCAGGAAGAAUGCAUCGACCGACAACGUCACACCGACAUCCCUCACUACCAGCACCGACCCCAAGGUGGAACAGCCACAAAAGAAGUUAACCAAGCAGGACUCUGUAGUCGGGGCUGAAAAGAGCUUAUCCAACUCUAAAACUAACAGUGAAUACUCCAAGUCUAACCAAUCUGAAUCGCUAUCUCAAAGUUCACCGGUAGAACAAGGCGGAUCACAGAUUGGCAGUCCUGCUGACAAUGUGUUGCCGGAGAAACUGUCAAAGGUAGCCCUAUCUUACCGCACGAACGAAUGGGCGAAGCAUCUCGAGGCCGCCGACAAACCGGAUUACGAAGACUUGUUCCGACCUUCGUCUCCAGGGAUUAUGCUAGCGAAUGGACAAGAGGAGAAGCCGGCACCUGUCAGUGAAGAGCUCGCAGCUGAUCUAUAUGACAACAAGCGCGACUCGCGAAGGAUGUCGACUGGAAGCAGGACCCAACGGAACAGCAGCAACGGACUCCGACGAAACACUUCCACCUUCUCUCAGGAGUCACUCACCAAUCAGCGUUCCAUGACGCAUUCACCUUCUAUCGCAUCUCCCGGCAUUCUCUCCCGGUCUAAUUCCAACAUAAGACAAGACACUCUUUCGCCUCUGCCCAGCAACACGCUGUUGAGCAAGCGCGAGAGUCUAAUCAAGAACCGGGCAUCAGCACUAUCCCCCCAAACCUCAUCGACAAAUCUCCUAGCACAACAUGAAGAAGAAGAGAUGACACUGGCACAACGCCGUCAAUUGCUCCAGCAGCAGCAACUGUUGUCGCCCACUCUCUCACACCAAACAUCAUUGAGGUCGCCAGGAAGAACACCACCAUCGGCUUCGCAGAAGUGGCAGCAGAAGCCCUGGGCCACCAAGGGUGCUCCAGCAGGGUUCGACUCGCAUCAGCCCAAACGCGCGAACAGCAGCGCUCAAUCGGAGCAGAAGCGUGAGCAACUCUACGCAGGCUGGCGCGAUACUAUGCGCGACAUCCAACCGCCACAGACAGCGGCCCACAUUGCAGAACAACAGCGCGCAGCGUUGAUCAUGGACAGGAGACAGAAGGAGAUGGAGAAGCAACAGCGCGAGCUGAUGCAGCAGCAGCGUGCUAGUCAGAUGGACAGCAUGAUGCGCAGCGGGCAGAUGAUGGAUGCACACAGAGAGGCGAUGAGGAAGAUGCAGGCGAAUGCCAACCGACACACUUGA